UCUGUCUGUUUAUGUCUCAUUUCGCAUUGUUUCGCGUUGAAAUGUCAUAUUAGUCAUUUCAUUAAAACUUUAAGAGGACAUGAUUUUUAACUCAAUUUAGGUUGUGAAAUGAGUUAAAGGUUUCGUUUUUAAUUCCUGACAACUGUUGUUAACUCACGCAUAUCUUUUUAGUUUCGAAAACAUGUGGAAGUGUCAUAAGUGUGGAAAACCCGUUUAUUUUGCGGAAAGAAAAACAUCUCUUGGUUAUGAGUGGCAUCCUGAAUGCCUAAGAUGUGAAGAAUGUGGGAAAAGAUUGAAUCCUGGACAACAUGCUGAGCACAAAGGUGUACCUUACUGCCAUAUCCCAUGCUACAGUGUUCUGUUUGGUCCUACUUUAUUUGGCCAUGGAUCGCAAGUCGAAGCGCACACCAGUUUCGGAAAAAUUGAAAAUCGUCAAGGAACACCUGUACCUAGGUCGCAUUUAGAAGCAAAGUUGCGGGUUUACAACAGCUUUUUUGAUGGAAAAAGUGGAACAGUUCAAAGUCGUGAACGAAAUGGUCGUCUAAUCUUAGAAGGUUCAUUGAGAAUAUAUUGGGGCGUAAAUAAAGUUAUUCAUUUAAAGGAAGAUCAUGAUGACAGAAUGCCAGUGAGGCGGCGGAACAGUGUUCAAAUUUGUUAUGACUCACGUGUGCCUCAAAAAGAAUCUCACCGAAAUGUGAAAGCUUUGAGUGCUGGAGAGAAGUCUGCAAUUGUUGAGAAGGACCCUAAUUUGUUAAACUCCUUGUUAUCUCUUCCUAUGAAUGAAUCAGCUGUGCCACUUUCAGAAAUUGACCUUGAUGUCAAAACUGUUGAAAAGGACGCUGAAGAAGAAACUGCUACAUCUCCUUCACAUUAUAAAACCCUACCAGCCGGUGGAAUAAAAAGUACCAGGUCUGAUAACACUCAUCCUAUUGUAAAUGACAAUACGUUAAAAGACAGUUGUGGAAAUGUUGUACAAUUACGAAGAAAACCUCGAGUACAAAAAUCAAAACUGAAAAGACGAUGUUCCAUUAAUGGACAUUUCUACAAUAGAGAAACUAGUGUUUUUAUGCCAGCCUAUGCCAGUAUUACAAGUGUUUGGGUGACAAGUUUAGUAACUGGACCAGAAGUGAUAAAUAUGCUUUUAGACAAAUUUAAAGUUGUGAAUAAUCCAGGGGAUUUUGCUCUUUAUGUCGUACGAGAUACUGGAGAAAGACGUUGCAUUCAAGAACAUGAAUAUCCUCUUUUGGUAAGAGUAAUGCUCGGUCCCAGUGAGGAUGUUGCCAAAGUUUUUAUAAUGAAUAGAUAUCAGACUGAAGAAGUUACCUGUGAGGUAGCACAAUAUAUAAAGUUCUCAGAAACAGAAUUAAAAAUGUUUCUACACAAGUUUAAUGAAGAAGAAAAACGGGAGGAACGUAAAAUAACAUUGAAGUAUCAACAGAGAAGAAGAUGGAUGCAAGCUCGGUUAGAAGAGCUUAAGGAAAUACAGGAAACUGGUUUAUAGAGCUUAUAUUUCUCAAUUUUAAGAGCUAGCAAUUUAACAUGCAAAAUUUUUCAUGCAGCUU